CUCCCAUGUCGCAAGCCACGCUCUCGCCGCGCCGCGCCCUGCUGCUCGCGGCGCUGCUGCGCGUCGCGCUGCUGGCGUGGGGCGCGUACCAGGAUGCGGCGCCGCACCUGCCCGACUACUCCGACGUCGACCUCGACGUCUUCCUCGCCGGCACGCGUGCGCUGGCCGCCUGUCCGCGCAGCGUGCUGCUCGGCGCGCCGCGCGAGACGUACGCCGAGCUCGCGGCGCCGCUAGAAGGCGCCGGCGCCUGCGCAGCGGGCUAUCUCGCCGCCCUGGCACGCUUCCUGCUGCAGCUGCGCGCCCACGUCGCCGCCCGGCCCGACGAGUACGCGGCGUCGGAGCUCAGCGAGCAGCUGCUGCAGCUCUCGUUUCGCGUCGUCGAGGUGCCUGCGACACUGCUGGCGCUGGCGGGCAACCCGUACGCGGCGCCGACGUUCCGCUACUCGCCGCUCCUCGCGCUGCUGCUGGCGCCCGCGCUGCUGCUGCCCGAGCCGCUGCUGCUGCGUCUGGCGCCGCGCCUGCUCUUUGCCGCCGCAGACCUGCUCUGCGGCGUGCUCAUGCUGCGCAUCUGCCGCACGCUGCGCAUCUCGCAGGCCUGGGUCGCGCCCGCCUGGCUGCUCAACCCGUUCGUGGCACAGAUCUCGACGCGCGGCAGCGCAGAGAGCCUGCUGGGCCUCCUCGUGCUCGGCUGGCUUGAUGCAACGCUGGGCGCGACUACGCCCGACGACGAGCAGCUGCGCCUGGCGCGCCGCCAGCAGAAGGUCGUCGAUGCCAACGUUGCGCACGUCGCCGACGCUGCAGCUGAGGGCAAGGACGUUGCGGCAGCCGAGGCAGAUGCCAGCGACGCGCUGCUCGCCGCGGACGCGUCCUCCUCCUCGGCGCUCUCGGCGCUGCUGAGCACGCCGCUGCUCUCGCCGCUGCUGCUGGCGCUGGCCACGCACUUCAAGCUCGUGCCGGCCAUGUAUGCGCUGCCGCUCGCGCUGCACCUCGCGGCCGCCGCACCGACAGGCGCGCGUGUUGGCGCUGUGCUGCGGUAUGGCCUCGUGUGCGCGUGGGCCACAGCGGCCAUCGGCUUGGUGCUCUAUGGCAUCUGGGGACCGCCAUACCUGCACUCCGCCUUCCUCUACCACUUCACGCGCCUCGACGUGCGGCACAACUUUGCGCCGCACUUCCUGCCCGCGUACCUGGGCCGCGUCGACGGCGCCAUCUCUGCGGCGCCGGGCACGGCCGGCGCACUCGUCGGCUUCGUGCCGCAGGCGGCCGUCGUGCUGCUGCUCGGCGCGCUGCUCGGCAAGCACGACCUGGUGUUUGCUUGUGCGGCACAGACGCUGGCGUUUGUCACGUUCAACAAGGUCUCGACGUCGCAGUAUUUCAUGUGGUAUCUCUUCUUCCUGCCGCUCGUGGCGCCGAAGCUCGCCUUCGCCUCACGGCGGGAGCCGUGGGUGCUGCUGCUGCUCUGGGUCGGCGCGCAAGCGCUCUGGCUGAGCCAGGCCUACCUGCUCGAGUUCACCGCACUCGACACCUACGUGCGCACAUGGACGGCCAGCCUCGUGCUGCUCGUCGUGCACUCGCUCAUCCUCGCGCGCUGCGUCACGGCGUGGGGCGAGGGCCGGGCGCGGGCCGCUCGUCUGGCCGGCGCCGGCGCGAAGAAGUCGCAAUGACGUGCCUGCUGCCGAGCGCCCAGGAACUCUGCAACUCUAGAAGAAUCAUACCCCCUCCUCAAUGCAUCUCAAGGGCGCC